UUUUAACCCUAUAUUAAUCCCAACAAAGAAAUAACAAAUUAAAACACAAACAACACCAAAAGCUUUGCCAUUGCAUUGCAUUGCAUUGCAUGCUCUUCAAUUUCAUCAUCAAUGGCAGACCAUCAGAAGAUCCAUCCAGUCCACCAUGACGCCGAAGCACCGCCACCACCACCCACGGCUCCUCUCGUGCCGCCAGGCACUUCGAAAUCCGAUAACGGCGAUCCAGCGGUCGAGCAAUACCGACCGUUCCGCCGCACUAUUCCGGUGGUCCACUCAAAACCACCAAAGCGGCGGAGCUGCUGUUGCAAGUGCUUCUGCUGGACCACCCUCCUCCUCUUCCUCAUCAUCAUCAUCAUCGGCAUCAUCGCUGCCAUCGUAUACUUCGUGUUCCAACCCAAGAUUCCAAAAUACUCAGUCGACAGCUUGCAAAUAACCCAAUUCAGCCUCAAUGGCGUGAGUUUAUACGCCACGUUCAACGUCAACAUCACCGCCACCAACCCAAACAAGAAGAUCGGAGUAUACUACGAAAACGGUAGCAAAAUAACCGUGCUUUACACCGGGACCGAGCUCUGUCAGGGGUCGUUGCCGGUGUUUUAUCAGGGUCACCGGAACACGACAGUGAUGGACGUGGCGCUGACGGGGCAGACACAGAAUGCCACGGUGAUGCUGCAGUCACUGCAGGCGGACCAGCAGGCCGGGCUAGGGAUUCCGCUGGAUUUGAGGGUGAGAGUUCCGGUGAGGAUCAAGCUUGGGUCGUUGAAGCUCAUGAAAUGGAAGUUCUUGGGUAGGUGUAAUCUUGUGGUGGAUAGCUUGGUUACUAAUAAUGUUGUUAGUAUUAAGAGUAGUAGUUGUAAGUUUAAGAUUAGACUUUGAUUUUUUAUUUUUUUUUCCCCUUUUAUUAUCAAUUCUUUGGACAGAAUCUGAUCACCAAACGAUUGUGUUUGAUUCGCUAAUCAGAUUCUGUGUACUUAGAAUUUUAUUUAUUUAUUUAGAGAUAUGCUUGUCUUUAAUUAAAUUGGACUUCUAAUAUAUGAUUUUUAUGAGAAUAUUAGUGGGACUUAUUGACCCUCUCAUGAAAAUUAAAUUUAGACGUUUAAUUCAAUCGGAGAGAAGCCGGAUUCUUCAUUUAUGUCUAGCCAUUAUUACUAUUUACAUUAGUAUUAUUAUUGUUAUUAAUAUACAGUUUUCUGUAUUUUAUUUACUUACUGAAUAAAACAAUUGGAGGAUCAUAGUUGAUUUUUUUCCCUCCAUUUUAUUAUUUGAUAUACAUGAAUAAACAAUUGGCUACAUUUGUAGCCCCCGUCUUCAAUU